GUGCUGUCCGUAUAUCGCUCCGUACAUGUAACACACAGUAAACCCAUACACAGUGGCGUGAGUAGCCAGCCGCUGCACUCUCACUAUAACGUCUUACAUAACAAUGAUUACUGGCUAUUCGCACUGAGCUGUAUACCGCUUGUUUGAAAUUUGAAUUUGCCUGAAGUUCAGCCAGGAAAGAAAACGUAAUAAUUGUCAGUCGUUACAUCUUCGAAUACGAAAAUGAUGAGGACUUAACAGCUAUACGUCUACAGUCAGAGGUUCGAAGAGGGAAAAGGUCUUCUUAUCAAGCGGCGGAUAGGGAGCAUAUAACCCAGUAGCGGAUUUUCUGUAGCAACUUGCAUUUGCUGUGGUGCCGGAUUAUAAUUUUCCUAAUAGUCUGGGAGUUGGAUCAUUCCUAUAUUAAAAAACAAAAACAAACACAGAAUAAUUGAAAUGGAGAGAACUUGGAAAAUGUUAUAUUUGCAAUUGUUUGUUUGGAUGAUAUCAUGUGGAAUAGUAUUCGGACAAGGAUGUAACUCCAAUCCGUGUUUAAAUGGAGCCACAUGUAUCGACAAUGAGGAUGGGACAGUGUUCUGCCAGUGUGCGUAUGGGCCCAACCAGGUUUACCACGGGGAAUUCUGUGAGGAAUUGUUAGUUUCAAGAAGUAGUGAGGAAUGCUCUGAGCACUUUUAUACAAAGUCCGGAACAUUAACAUCACCAAAUUAUCCAGCAUUGUACUUCCCUGCAUUAGACUGUUACCAUAUCAUUGGUUAUCCGGGCGGAAAGAAGAUUCGAAUCUCUUUCAACGGGCCAAUUGACAUCGAAGAAUUUAAAGACGAACUCGUAUUAUCAGCAGGGCCUUUGAUCAACAUUGGAGUCGACCCAUCCCUGCGCGUUCUCUUCAGUGCUGGCCGUAUCGAAUCACCAUCUGAUGUCGAGUUCUCAUCUGACGUUAUUUGGGUGAACUUCUUUACAGAUAGAAAUGUACAAAGGAUGGGCUUUAGUUUUUCUUGGCUAUUUGAUGCCGAUGAGUGUGUUGGUGACCCAUGUAACCCAGGACAGGCUUGCAUUGAUUUAGAAUUCAGCUUCACAUGCGUUGAUAUCGACGAAUGUGCAAGCGACCCUUGUCUAAAUGGGGGCACGUGUUUGAACGGCGAUAACACAUUCACUUGCGUCUGUCCCACCGGAUAUAGGGGUGUCAAAUGCGAAGAGAUUAUUGACCCUUGCCUUGCCAUGCCUUGUUUCAACGGCGGGAUCUGUCAGUCAAACCGUCUGGACUUCACAUGUACAUGCGUUAAUGGAUGGACUGGCCCUACGUGUCAAGACGACUUGGAUGAAUGCUUGAGUGACCCGUGUGAAAACGGAGGCACUUGUAACAAUGGCCGUAAUAUGUACACGUGCACAUGCGCACCUGGAUGGACGGGGACUAACUGCGAAACUGAGAUAUUAGAAUGUGCUUCUGGUCCAUGUCUGAAUGGGGCUCAGUGUUUCGAGGGCAUCAAUGCCUAUACCUGCGUUUGUGUUCCAGGGUUCACAGGCGACAACUGUCAGACCAAUAUUGAUGAAUGUGCCAGCACCCCAUGCUUAAAUAAUGGUGGUUGUAUUGAUGGUGUCAAUCGUUAUAUAUGUUCCUGUCUGCCUGGUUACCAGGGCGUUCACUGCGAGAGUGAUAUUGACGAGUGCGCGAGCAAUCCUUGCCUUAAUGGUGGUACAUGUACCGAUCGAAUCAAUAACUUUGUUUGCACCUGCCCGCCCGGUUACACUGACUCAAUCUGCAGUACUGAAAUCAGCGAGUGUGCAUCUGAUCCUUGUGUCAAUGGUCGCUGCUUGGAUGAUGUCAAUAGCUACUCCUGCGUGUGCAACCCAGGGUGGACCGGUGUCAACUGUGACAUUGAUAUCAACGAAUGUCUAUCAAAUAGUGGGUUCAAUCCAUGUCAGAAUGGUGGAACUUGUGUAAAUGGUCUAAAUAUGUACACGUGUAUGUGCCGACCAGGAUAUACAGGGGUUAACUGCGAAGUCGAUAUUGAUGAGUGCUCUUCAAACCCGUGUUUGAAUCUCGGAACCUGUGUCGAUGGUGUCAACUUCUAUACGUGUAAUUGCCAGGAAGGAUUUGAAGGAACAAAUUGUGGAAUAGACAUCAAUGAGUGCGCUUCCAAUCCCUGCUUUAAUGGAGGAACGUGUACUGACGAAGUGAAUAGUUUCAGAUGCACAUGUCUUAUCGGGUAUCAAGGAGAGCGAUGUGAAAGUGAUACACCUGACUGUCAGCCUAAUACAUGCCUGAACAAUGGUGUUUGUCAGGAUCUCACCAAUGCGUUUGAGUGUAUCUGUCUGCCUGGCUGGACCGGAACAAGAUGCGAAACAUCAAUUAAUGAGUGUGCAUCAAAUCCGUGUCAAAACGGUGCUUCUUGCCUCGACCAGCAUCUCGGCUAUCUAUGCGCGUGCAGAGCAGGAUAUACGGGUACUAACUGCGAACAAGAAAUCAACGAAUGUCUAAGCGAUCCUUGCUUAAAUGGUGGCUCAUGCAUUAAUGGCAUCAACAUGUUCACAUGCAACUGCAUGCCAGGAUGGGCAGGAAAUAUCUGUGAAACUGAUCUUGAUGAAUGUGCAAGUUCACCAUGCCAGAAUGCAGGAAUAUGUAUUGACCAACCAAACUUUGCCUUCGAAUGUUUCUGCCAACCCGGAUGGUCUGGUACAUUCUGCCAAAUUGAUAUUAAUGAGUGCCUAUCGAAACCAUGUUUGAAUAACGCGACCUGCAUCAGUGGGGGCAAUAUGUACACAUGCAUUUGUGCCCCUGGAUACACCGGAACUAAUUGUGCCGAGGACAUCAAUGAGUGUGAAGGUCAGCUGUGCAGUGGACGUGGUCGCUGUAACAAUUUGGUUGAUGACUUCUCAUGCACAUGUGAACCAGGCUAUGAAGGUCGAGUCUGUGAGAAUGAAAUGGACAAGUGCGCAACCAACCCUUGCCAGAACUCUGGAACAUGUACCAAUUUCCUUACAUAUUACACUUGUGCUUGUGUGUUAGGAUGGGAAGGAGAAAACUGUGAUAUCAAUACUAAUGACUGUUUGGGAAGCCCGUGUAACAAUGGAGGAACUUGUUUCGAUGAAGUGAACGGGUUCACAUGUACGUGCACAGACGGGUGGACAGGUCAACGAUGUGAUGUCAGUAUCAACGAAUGUGCAUCGUUCCCCUGUCAGAACAAUGGAUUCUGUGUAGAUGGAGUGAAUAGAUACGAAUGUAUUUGUGCGUCCGGUUUCACUGGUGUCAACUGCGAGAGUCCAAUCGACCAAUGCUCACCUCAGCCGUGUGUUAACAACGGAAACUGUAUCAACAGAGCAACAUACUUCAACUGCGACUGCGCACCGGGUUAUACUGAGUUUGAUUGCAGUGUAGAGAUCGAUGAAUGCAAGAAUAACCCUUGUCGCAAUGGUGCUAACUGCAUCGAUCUUGUGGCAAACUUCAGUUGUAACUGUGCACCAGGCUACACAGGAAAGACCUGUAGUGGAGAUAUUAAUGAAUGUCUCAGCAAUCCAUGCCAGAACAAUGCUCGAUGUUUCGACCAGGUCAACGGCUACCAAUGCCAAUGUCUCCCGGGUUUCAUCGGGGACCACUGCCAGACUGAAAUCGAUGAGUGUGCUAGCAAUCCUUGUCUAAAUGGCGGAACUUGCAAGGAUCAAGUUAACGAGUUUACCUGCACAUGUACUGUAGAUUGGACUGGAUCACGAUGUGAAACAAGUUUGAGCGAAUGUGCAAGUGACCCAUGUGCAAACGGUGGAACGUGUAUCGAAGGAGACAACGCCUUCUCAUGCCAGUGUGCGCCAGGAUGGGAAGGAACAACAUGUGAAAUGGAUUUCAACGAAUGUCACAGCCUACCAUGUCAAAACGGUGCAACCUGUAUCAACGGACAGAAUGAAUACACGUGUGAUUGUACUUCAAUCUGGACUGGUCAAAGAUGCGAAUUAUCGGUUAAUGAAUGUGAAAGUGACCCUUGUCAAAACGGAGGAACUUGUCAGGAUGCAAUUGGAGGAUAUACCUGCUUCUGUGCUUCAGGUUGGACUGGAUCUCAAUGUCAAAUAGAUGUCGAUGAAUGCUCUAGCAAUCCUUGUCUGAAUGGAGCUACUUGUGACGAUCGAAUCAACAUGUAUCUGUGCAUCUGCGCAGCAGGGUUUAUCGGCACUCGUUGUCAAAUUAACAUUGAUGAAUGUGCUAGCAGUCCAUGUGUGAAUGGAGAAUGCGUAGAUGGUAUUGAUGGAUACACGUGCUCCUGUAGACCUGGGUGGACUGGUGUUCUUUGCGAUGAAGAUAUUGAUGAAUGCUUCAGUCAGCCUUGUGAGAACGGAGGGUCCUGUGACAAUCUUGAGAAUAGAUACCAAUGCAGAUGCCUUCCUGGUUUCUCUGGUCAAAACUGCCAAAUUGAGGGUGACGAUUGUUCUGGUGAUCCUUGUCUAAAUGGAGGCGUCUGUUUCGAUGGUGAUAACUCGUUUACUUGUCAAUGUGUGUUGGGAUUUACUGGUACCCGGUGUGAAACAAACAUCAAUGACUGUGACCCAAACAAUUGCCAGAACGGUGGAAUAUGCGUGGAUGGUAUCAAUUCAUUCACAUGUAUAUGUUUAUCAGGAUGGACAGGAACUCUCUGUGAUGACAAUAUUGAUGAAUGUGUCAGUAGCCCGUGUAUAAAUGGAGAUUGUAUUGACAUGGUCAAUGGGUAUACAUGUGAUUGCUUCCCAGGCUUCCGUGGUGUCACUUGCGAUGAGAAUGUUGACGACUGUGCGAGUGGACCUUGUCUCAAUGGAGGAUCAUGUAUUGAUGAAGUCAAUGGUUUCAUAUGUCAAUGUCCCAUUGAAUGGGGAGGCGACAGAUGUGAAUUGCAGGGAGAUUGCAACCGCAAUUACACUAUUCCUACCAAUGGGGAACUGACGUUAAGCUCACCCAACUACCCCGCCAACUACGAGAACAACCAGUACUGCCUCUGGCUGAUACAGACACCUCCAGGAAGCCAUAUCCGGGUGUCCUUCCCUGCCAUGGCGACUGAACUCAACUACGACUUCGUAUCGGUAGGCAACGGCAAGGACAUCAAUGACCUCGGUUCCCGCGUCAUCUACGCGUCCGGGUUAGACGUUGCACCAUCUUUCUUGACGACGGAUAACCUCGUAUGGACCUUGUUCACAUCGGAUGGGAGCAAGACAGAGAAUGGCUUUAGGGUGAAAUACGUCACCGUUGACAAUGCAGAUCUGAUUGAUGAAUGUACGUCUAGUCCAUGUCUGAACGGUGGUUCUUGCGUUAACGGUCAAAAUAAAUUCGAUUGUCUGUGUGAUCGUUACUACACCGGAACACUAUGUGAAACCUAUAUCGAAAUGAAUGCAUGCGCCAGUGAUCCCUGCCCAGAAGGAACCCAAUGUUACAGUGAUAUUGAUGGCUACUCCUGUCUGUGUCCUCGAGGUUUUGUAGACGAUGCUUGCCUCAUUUCCCCUAUGACUGAAGAGAGACCGUGUGAUGAAGAUCCGUGUGCUAACGGUGCAACCUGUAUGGAGAACGGUGACCAGUUUGAAUGUAUAUGCAAUGAUGGGUGGACUGGAGAACGCUGUAACAUUGAUAUCGAUGAAUGCAGUAGUGAUCCGUGUCUUAACGAUGGAACGUGUAUCAACGGUUUAGAUAUGUUUACCUGCCAGUGUUGCGAUACAUUCAGUGGUGACCGAUGCGAGACAAGUGCGGGAUCCACCAUCUGCAAUACAAACCCAUGCCAGAAUGGUGCCCUCUGCGUCCCACCUCAGGGUAAUGAUAUACAGUACACCUGCGUAUGUUCAGAUGGCUAUAUUGGAGCAAACUGUGAACUAGAAAUCGAUGAAUGUGCAAGUAGCCCUUGUCUGAAUGGAUACGAUUGCACAGACGAGGUCAAUGGAUUUAGAUGCAACUGCGAUGCUAACAUGGGACCUGAUUGCCGGGGAUCCCGCGGAGGCUGUCGUAGCUUACCCUGCCAAAAUGGAGGCACUUGUAUGGAACCAUCAUCAGGAGAAUUCUUCUGCAACUGCCCUGAUGGAUGGAUUGGUGAUGAUUGCAGAACAGCUGAUCCAUUGGGAAAGAUCUGUUCUGAUAGCACGGUAUGUCAGAAUGGUGGUAUAUGUGUCAAACAGAACGGUGUUGCACAGUGUGUUUGUACAAAGGGAUUUUCUGGCUCCGUGUGUUCAAUAUCUGAUGACGUAUGCCGAAAUCAUAGGUGCCUGAACAAUGGAACUUGCCUUCCGAUCUCAAACGAAGCAUAUGAAUGUCGAUGUGACCCGACUUCAUACGAAGGAUUGUUCUGCGAAAAGGAAAUUGAUCACUGUAGCUCGAAUCCUUGUCAAAACGGAGGAAGGUGUAUGAAUCUUCGAUCAAUCUAUGUGUGUGCUUGUCCGUCAGAUACAAUUGGUUUAGACUGCGAAACAAGACUCGUUGCCCCAUCACAGUCACCAUCGACAAGCCUUGAAGAGAAUUGGAUUAUCAUCAUCGCAAUUCUAGCCUCUUUAGCGUUUAUUCUCAUUAUCUUAUUGUUAAUAGCAGCCUGUCACUUUUGUGGCCGGCGAGAAAAGAAAGUAGAAUAGACAUUUUAUAUGAAUACUUAGAUAUAUUCGCUUUAAACCAACAUUAUGUUGAACAAAUUAUUGUCAUCCAUAUGGCUUGACAUUCGAUUUACAGGGACUGGAUCGUCUGAACCCAAAUGCCGUGAUGAAAUCACACACAAAAUUGAUAAAUACAUUUAGUCCACAGCAGACUUUACAACCGACCAGCUACCAUCAUAUGUUAGAACAAAUUAUUUCAAUGAUAUUUUCUAUGAAUAUUCAAAUAUGGAAAAUCAUUUUGGCCACAGUCGGAUAUCAAACUAAUUGGCUAUAAAAAAACGAAUUCGAUUUCUAUUCAUAGUGACGUCAUCAUGAUCGUACAAUCAGCUAUAAUAAUUUGAAGUCACUUUGGUCUUUAAACUGGCACCAAGGCUUGCGGCCGACCAAGUUUUCGACUCUAUCUUCUAUGUAUGUUCUGAACCUCAGAUUUAAUUAAGUAAAAUGUCGGAUAUAGAAGGUUUCGUGGAAAAUGAUACCUGACAAUUCCUUUCAUGAAACACCCCUAGGACGCUUCUUCAGCUUUUAUCAGUUGUUGGAGGAAAAAUAAGCUAGACCAGUUUUCAAGAUUAAAUAUCACUCUGCUGUCCUCGAUCAUUUUCUUGGGUUUCUUUAUACUUUUGAAAUAUGUAUAUGCAAAAUAUAAAUUGUACCCAUUUGUCAGGGAAUCUAAAAUGCAUUGUCUCAUAAUGUCCCAAAGCACUUUGAUUGAGAUUGGCAAGUCCGUCACUAUGUGUAGCAACAUAAUCAAUUUAAAAUGAAUGAUCAAUUCUAAUCAAAUGUACAUUUUUGUUAUACAUGUCAAAUACUACUGUAUCCCGGUUUUCAAUUGAUUUUUUUUUUAAAACACCAAGAAUGAUAAUAUUGAUGACAUAAUUUCAAUCUAAUGAGCUUCCAUUGAAUGUUCUUUGAUCAUGUUGACGUUUAUGCAGCACUUUCCUUUGUCUAGGUAUAGCAAUCAAAAUUGAAGAUAUUUGUGACAUUUAUUUAUGUUUUUCUAUAUUUAUACAGUUUUCUUGCACCCAAUUAUAUUGUAUGCGUUCUUUCCUUUCCAUGUUCAAAGCUCUGUUAAAAUAUUUAACUUACUAUGCAGUAUUUUUUUCAUGUUUUUUUCAUGUGACGGAGUAAUUCAGUACAUGAGAUAACUGUUACUAUAUUAUAGAUAAAAUCACGUAGAAAAAAGCUAUAUGACUUUUCUUUCAAAUAUUGUACCUUGGAAUGUGUGUGAUAUUUAGCAUAAAAUAGUCUGAACUUGCUCUCAAUGUUGCUUAUAUGUCGUAUCACUUUUUCUUCGUUUUUUAAAAUCAUAUUUAAAUGUGUCAUUUCUUUUACAAAAUUAUGUAUAAUGUUAUUAAGUUUUACAUGUGUUUUAUAAUCUCCAGUAUGUUUUGGUUUUAUAUUGUGUUACUUCUCCCCUUUCUAAGAAUUAGAAAUCAUGAAGUCAGUCAGGGCCGUUUUCGUUCGGGAUUUUUAUAAUUGUGCUCAGGUUCAAUAUAGUAUACGUGUAGAUUACUGAGAUAUAGCUAAUUCGGAUGUGCCGAACAUACAUCAUCUCUUAAAAUGAAAUGGAUAUUUGAAUAUUAAACUCUUUAAUUUCUUUUAUUUUGGAAAAUUGAAAUGUGUAUCUAAUUUUAUAAUCAAAGACAAUUUAUUGGAUCGACUUUGAUUUGAGAUUAAAGUAAUCAAAAUCAAGAUGAUAAUAUGUGAAUCGUUUGAAUAUUGUACAUAUUUAUUUAUUGCUAUGUCACGGAUGUUUCUUCUAUUAAUCUAAACCCGAAUUCAGAUUAAUGGUAGACAAAAUGGAUUUAUUAGCGUGCCUGUAAUUAUAUUGACGUUUAAUUGAUUUGGCCUCUGUCACUCACAAUCACGUUUGUUAUUAGAUGCAGUUACCACGGUGCUAUAGGAGGUUCAACUCACCUACACUCACACACACACAUUUACGCCCACCCACACACAACACACAAAUACAUUUUUUAAUGAAGUGUAUGGAUGUCUUGUUGUUAAUGACGAAAUCAUAAUUAGGGCAUGAUUCGGUGUUUAGUUAUCUAUUGCGUUGUUAUGUGCAUUAUGUUUCUUUACAUGCUAUUACUUCAUCCCACCUGCCCAGAUUUUGAUGAGAUUGAUAUUUUUACAAGGAUAAUCAGACAUUUUAAGAUCAAACUUUCAUGGAAGGUAUGGGCAAACAGAGAAACCGAUUGGUAGAAGUUUGAAUGACAGCGGAUGGAUAAUGAUAAAUGUUCUGGUUGUUUUAAAGUAAUGUAACAAAAAGUGACAGCUAUUAGAAUUUAUUUAAUUGUAUGCAUGUCAACGUGUUUAGAAAUGGUAAUGAAUCUAACUAAAAUACUCCAAUAUCGUAAAUGUCGUUGGUAGCAGCUAUUCUUUCAUUGGAAAUUUUAAGAAUUUAAUUACAAAUUAAAAUCGUAAAAUUGACCUUAACAAUAGUUUUAUUUAUGUCUAUGCUGCUAUACUUAUUCAAAUUUGACUGUUUUAAUACCUGCACGAAAUAUUAUUUACGAUUUAUUAAGCUACAUGUAUUUCUAUUGCAUUUUUAGUAUGUACUGACUGAAAAUUUCAUGCACAUUAAUUUCAGGAUAAGUAAUCAAUACCUUGCUAUGAGAACUGUUACAGACAGUUUAUAAUAAUGGUUUUCCCUUCGGAAGUGUUAUUCCAUUGUCUUUCACUUUUUUUUCAAUAAUCGAAAUUGUAUUCAUGUGCCGUUUGUAAUACGUUAUGAAUAAACUUUGCUUUUCAAGAAAUUUA